AACCGAUCAAAGUUACGCGGGUAAGUCAACGUCUUCAGAGAUAGAUCGGCGAUAAAAGUAAAUUUUGGGUAAUUUUCGGAUGUUCACGGUUUUUAUCAGAGCUAUUGUCUCUUAAUGUAUAAAGGUCAUUUUAUCUGUUUAGUUCAAUUUGGAUGUUUACUAACGAACGGAAAUGGGGAGGCAUACAAACAACAGAAACCGGAACUAAAAUAAUAUCGUCUGAAAGGAAUUUAUUAAAAUUAUCUCAUACAAUCGCACAAAUCAAACUUUUUCAAAUUGGAGUAAAUAAAGAAGUAAGUGACCUAGCUAUAUCUGCUGGAUGAUUUAAAGAAACAAAAGGAAAAAAUAUAUAUAACAAAAAGAAGAAUAUAUAUAUAUUUAUUUAUUAAAAACGAAGCAUAAAGACAAAAACAACAACAGCAACAUUUGUUGGACUGAUUCAAUUUUCUUAUUACAAAGAAAUACCGUUUCCAGUAAUCAGAACGUCGGGAAAAAAAAAACGUUUAGUGAUGUACCUGUAAAAGUGGAAAGUAGAAGAAAGUAGUCGGAAAUAACGUUCAGUGAUGUACCUGUAAAGGUGGAAAGUACAGGAAGUGACGUAAAGAAAUAAGGCAGCGUCUAACAAGAUGAUGUCAGAAAGUCCGCUAAAAUCAACGACAGACGCAAUUGCAGAGGCAUGGUCAGCGAUGGACGGCAGUCUAGUGAUGAAAUCAAGCAGUUUCAAUGUAAAGGAUAUUCUGGACCUACCGAGGGAAGGUAAACUGGCAUGCAGUCCUGUGGCUACAGGGACGACUACCACGGGUUCACUUAGAACUAUUCCAAAUAUUCCAGAUAUUCCACCUGUAGACUACAGCUAUGAUGCAGCCGAAAAUCCGUACACCCGAUGGUUACAGAAUAACGCUUCCGAUGUCAUGCAAUAUACACACUUACCACAGAUGAACUCGCCAAGCAGUAGUUCAAACCAGUCGUCUGGUGAAAUAGCGCACGAGACAAAUGGCGGGCACGUAAGACUGAAAUCAGAACAUAACGAGUCUUCGGACGCUGAAGCAGACGACAUCGACAAAGAUGACGACGAAGAGGAUGACGAAGAUGACGAUGAAAAGAAAGAUCAAAAUAGUUCAGAAAGUAAUCAGAAAAAGAGGAAACGACGCGUAUUAUUCUCAAAGGCUCAAACUUACGAGCUUGAAAGGCGGUUUAGACAGCAGCGGUAUUUAUCUGCGCCGGAGAGAGAACAUUUAGCAAGCAUCAUCAGGCUUACCCCCGUGCAAGUUAAAAUAUGGUUUCAAAAUCACAGAUAUAAAUUAAAACGUGCUAGACAAGAGAAGGGACUUGAUCUCAAUCCAUUACCUUCCCCUCGGAGAGUUGCAGUUCCUGUGUUAGUAAGGGACGGUAAACCGUGCCAACCUAGUAUGAACGGUGGCCUUAUCAAGUCAGCAGAUCAUCAUCAUCAUAAUCUACAGGCGAAUCUCAGCAAUAUGUCACACAUGAGCCAUACUGGAAUGGGCUCCAUGAACAAUGUGAACAGCAUGAACACUUUACCGUCCAUGGGAGAUAGUCUCCCGGGUAUGAACUCAUUAAAUACGUCAUUGUCAUCACCUAUGAACAUGAGCUGUGCAUAUAAUAUGAACUCGGCAAUGAAUUCUAUGAAUGGGAUGAAUAUGCCAAAUAUGAACACAUAUACUAACAAUAUGAAUGUAUUACCUAGUUAUAGCCACCCUUUAAUGCAGCCGCAAACACGUUGGUGGUAGCAAACAUUUAAACAGCAGUGCUAGACAUUUUAGUCUCAAAAAACAGACGAUACUCCUUUACAACAAAGGACAUUUCAAACUCGAUUUUGAAGAAAAGUAUUUAUAUGAUUAUUUUGUUCACCAAAGUGCCGUGUUAUUUACAUUCGAUAUAUUUUGUGAUCUUGAUUUUCUUCAGAGUGGUAUGUUGUUUUAUAUAUACAUAUAUCUUAAAAAUUCUAACAGACUUGAAAAGGAAAUCAUAUCGUGUGUAAAAAAAAAUAUUUUAGAUAUUAUUUUUCAAAAUGACAGAUUAUUAGGAGUUAUUGUUUGGAGUAUUCCUUUUGGGGGAGUCAUUUAUGGCAAUAAGUAUUAUUUUUCUUUAAAAUUUCGAUAGUUCAUAUCAUUUUGUCCACUGAUAUAUUUUAAAAUUUUCAUUUUAAAAUUGAACGUUCUUCAUGCGUUCAUAGACUUGGUUGUGCAUUGAAUUACUUUAUAAUCUUCUAAAUUUUACGGUUUAAUAUAUCAUCACUAUCCACAAAUCUCAUCGGUUAAAAUCAAUUGCAUUAAUUUAUACAAUUUCCUUUCCUUUUUUUACUUUUAUAUUCAUAUAAUUGUUAUUUCAGGCAAUAUUUUGUUUAACGUAUUAUUUGACCAUUCUGUUGCACUAAAUAUUUUCUGGUUGUCUUAUUAAAAUAUGAAAACUUGCAA